AUGGCUUCGGCCGUGUUCUUCCUCGAUUUGAAGGGCAAGACCCUUCUGGCCCGAAACUACCGCGGAGACAUUCCCAUGUCUGCGGUUGAGAAAUUUCCCAUCCUCCUCAGCGAUGCCGAAGAAGAGAGCUCCGCCGUGCCUCCGUGUUUCUCCCACGAGGGAAUCAACUACCUCUACAUCCGUCACAGCAACCUCUACAUCCUCGCCCUGACGAAAAAGAACACCAAUGCCACCGAAAUUCUCCUUUUCCUCCACAAGAUCGUCGAGGUCUUCACGGAAUACUUCAAGGUCCUGGAGGAGGAGAGUAUCCGGGAUAACUUCGUCAUCAUCUACGAAUUGCUCGACGAAAUGAUGGACUUUGGGUACCCACAAACAACGGAAAGCAAGAUCCUCCAAGAAUACAUCACCCAGGAAUCACACAAACUCGAAAUCCAAGCCCGGCCCCCCAUCGCCGUCACCAACGCCGUCUCGUGGCGAAGCGAAGGCAUCCGCUAUCGCAAGAACGAAGUCUUCCUGGAUGUGGUCGAAUCUCUGAAUCUCCUCGUGUCGGCAUCUGGCAAUGUCCUGCGGUCGGAGAUUCUCGGCGCGAUCAAGAUGAAGUGUUACCUGAGCGGCAUGCCCGAGCUGCGACUCGGCCUCAAUGACAAGGUCAUGUUCGAGACGACGGGCCGCGCCACGCGCGGCAAGGCCGUCGAGAUGGAGGACGUCAAAUUCCACCAAUGCGUGCGCCUGUCGCGGUUUGAAAACGACCGCACCAUCAGCUUUAUACCCCCCGACGGCGAGUUCGAGCUCAUGAGCUACCGUCUCAACACGCAGGUCAAGCCGCUCAUCUGGGUCGAGUGCCUGGUGGAAUCCCACUCCGGGUCUCGGAUAGAGUAUAUGUUGAAGGUCUGUCUCUCCGAUGCCAAAGCACAGUUCAAGCGUCGCAGCACCGCCAACAACGUAGAGAUCCUCGUCCCCGUGCCCGAAGACGCAGACUCGCCCCGUUUCCGAACCAAUAUCGGUACUGUUCAUUACGCACCCGAGAAAUCGGCCAUCAUCUGGAAGAUCAAGCAGUUCGGCGGUGGGAAGGAGUUCCUCAUGCGCGCGGAGCUCGGCCUGCCGUCCGUCAAGGGCGACGACGAGCACGGCGGCGGUAUGACCGGUGGGUUUGGCGGCAGUAUGGGCGGCGCCGGCCAGGGCAAGGCCAAACGGCCGAUUAAUGUCAAAUUUGAAAUCCCCUACUUCACCACAAGUGGUAUUCAGGUCCGGUAUUUGAAGAUCACGGAACCCAAAGUAUGUCGAAUUCCUUUGGCCAUCUGA